UCAUAGUAAUAUAAAAGCAGAGCAGCAAAUUCCAUUAUCAUCCAAACUUAAAACCUCAAAAAAAAAAAAAAAAUCCAAUUUAUCGAUUCAUUUUCAUAGUGAAUCAAAAUAAAAAACCUUAAAAUCAUUAUUACUUUAAAAAACCCAGAAAAACAAAAGCUUAGCAAACAACAAUGGUGAAACACCUUAGCGAGAAAUCUGCGGUUGAAAGGAGCGAUUCAAGGUUCACAGGUGUACGUAAGCGAAAAUGGGGGAAAUGGGUAUCUGAAAUCAGGCUACCAAACAGUAGAGAAAGGAUUUGGUUAGGUUCUUACGACACCGCCGAGAAAGCGGCGCGUGCAUUCGACGCCGCUCUUUUUUGCUUACGCGGCCGUUCUGCUAAAUUCAAUUUCCCUGGUAACCCACCCGAGAUAGCCGGCGGUACGUCUUUAUCUCCCCAUGAAAUCCAAGCCGCCGCAGCGAGGUUCGCGAACUCGGAGCCUUCGACUAUCCAUUCGGAGCAAACUGAUUCUGCGUUCCAAAUGGAGUCACCGUCGCCGUCAGUUUCGGACGCGAGGUUUGCAAACUUGGAGCCUUCGACGAUCCAUUCGGAGCAAACUGAUUCUGCGUUCCAAAUGGAAUCACCGUCGCCGUCAGUUUCGUACGCGACGGUACAAUUCGACGGGUCGGUUAUGGAUCUAUUAACAAUGGGUUCGGGUAAUAGUGUUUCGGAUUAUGGGAUUUUCCCUGGAUUUGAUGAUUUUUCAAGUGAUUUUUUGGGAUCAUCGAUGCUUAACAUUGGUGGUGAAGAAGAAAAUUUUGAUGGGAUUUUGAUUCCGGGAUCAUUUCUUUGGAAUUUUUAAAACGGGUCAACUUAAAUCCGGGGAUUUUUAGUAUCCGGGUUUGGACCCGGAUAUUUGGAUGGGUCAAAUUUUUUUCACGGCUCAUUCUUUUUUUAUUAAAGAAAACAAAAAAAAAAUAAAAAUCAAGUAUUAAUUAAUUUGUAGAGAAGAA